CUGAGUGGGAAAAACAAGCCAUCUUUUUAUAUAAAUUGUGUUUAUGAUUUGUACAAUCAUUUCCAUUUGUAGGCUCAGUGGUUGAUUAUCAAACUGAUGAUGAAGGCAGAUUCUUGUAUAUGUUCAUGGCAUUUGGAGCUUCCCUUGAAGGAUGGAAGUAUUGUAGGCCAGUCAUAUCAGUUGACGGAACAUUUUUAAUAGCUAAAUUUGCAGGAACAUUGUUCAUGGCAUGUGCCAUGGAUGCCAAUAAUCAUAUAUUCCCAAUAGGUUUUGGCAUCGGAGAUUCUGAGAAUGAUUCUUCUUGGAUUUGGUUUUUCCAAAGAUUAAGAGGUGCAUUAGGAACUCGAGAUAAUUUGGUUAUUGUUUCAGACAGACACAGGAGUAUUGAGAAUGCAAUAUCUACUGUGUAUCCAGAUGCAGAACAUGUCCUAUGCACCUAUCAUUUGUUGAACAACCUAAAAUCUGCAUUGAAGUUCAAGGGCCAUGAUGUGCUAUUUGAGAAUUGUUCAAGAGCUUAUUUAAAGAUUGACUUUGAGUUUUAUAUGCGCCAAAUGGAGUCAAUCAAACCAAGAAUUCGUGAAUAUCUUCUUCAAGUUGGAUAUGAGAAAUGGGCUAGAUCAUAUUCUACUAGAAGAAGAUACACCAUUAUGACCUCAAAUAUAUCUGAAAGCUUAAAUUCUGUUUGGAAAGAAGCUAGAGACUUUCCUGUUGUAGCUUUAUUGGAAAAUUUAAGGCAAAAGGUUCAAAAUUGGUUUGAUACACGUCGUUUGGAAGCAGCAAGCACAUUUACAAGGUUGUCAAAAUGGGCAGAAGACCAGCUUGUUGAGCAAAAUCGUCUAGGUAGAACUAUGGAUGUAUACUCUGUUGGUCAUCAAAUUUACCAAGUUGUUGAUGGUAACUUAGAAUUUGUUGUUGAAAUUCUAAAGCGCAGUUGCACUUGUCGCAAGUGGGACUUAGAUGAAAUCCCUUGCUCGCAUGCAUGUGCUGCCAUAAGAAAAGCAAACUUGUGCCAUUAUACUUAUGUCUCUGACUUUUACAUGAAGGAUGCUUUUGUGAGCACAUAUAAUGGAAUAAUCCAUCCAGUGGGAAGUCAAAAGUUUUGGGAUAUUCCUGAUAUUGUCAAAGAUCAUGUUGUACUGCCACCCAUUGUAAGGAGAAGAGCUGGUAGACCAAAAAAGAAGAGGAUUCCUUCGGCUGGUGAAAAAAGGAGGCAAAUCAAGUGUGGUAGGUGCAAUGAAAAUGGACACAAUCGUAAAAGAUGUAGAAAUGCUAUUCAUGUGAAGAUGAAAUCUAUGAAGAGGCUGAAAUCUUGUGUUCAUCCUCAAUAA